GUUAUUCUAACAAAGAGAUGUGUUUGCAAGGUGUGUUCUGUGACACCCAAUGGAGCCGGCCAGUGUGGAGAGACUUCGUGUGCUCUUUCAGAGUGAUGAUUACAUCGUGGUGGACAAGCACUGGGACAUCCGCAUUGAUAGUAAGAUGUGGUAUGAAAAAAACACGGUGCAGGCCCAACUUCGCCACCGCUUCCCUCAUCUAGCAGACCCCAACACCUACUAUGGAUUCAGGUUCUGUCACCAGUUGGAUUUCUCAACCAGCGGUGCCUUAUGUGUGGCACUCAAUAAGGCUGCAGCUGGCCUGGCAUAUCGCUGUUUCAAGGAGCGCACUGUCACCAAAGCCUACCUCGCUCUUGUAUGUACGCAAUAAAAUACACUUUAACAUCA